CUUCAAUUCCUCCUGAAAUAAAGAAUGGAACAGACAUCGCCGAAGAAAAUCCUUACCAAGGAUGAACACCUACGACAGCCAGAGAAGGGUAUGCUGAAGCUGUUUGGGACUAUUGUUUAUCACACAAACAGGGGCAGCAAAAAGAGUUUGAUUUUAAAGGUGGUGAAGGUUCAAAAAGUGAAAGAAUGCAGGGGGUUCGCAGAUGAUGCAAUUGAUUUGGAUAUCCACUCUGAAUCUUCUAAUGGGGAAGAAAAUGUAACUGGUGGAAGUCCAAUCACGUAUCUUCUGAAAACAUUUUGUUUUAACAAAAAUGGAGAUUGA